AUGUCCCUCUCUAUCCAAACAACCGGCUACGGCACCAUCAGCCGCCCCGCUGAACGCGCCAUCCUCCGCAUCAAUAUCAAACACGACGGCCCCGACCGCACCAUCGUCUCAAAAAACGUCUUCCAAUGCACCCAGCGAGUCCGGGAAAUUCUCGAGCCCAUGAGCGACAAGCUCUCGUCCGGGGAACCCAGUCCCAGCGCCGCAAUCACGCAGUGGAGCAUGGGCGCACUGGAUACAUACUCGUACCCGAACUACGACACGGACGGCAAGAUAACAGGCAGGACGCACCAUGCGGCGACGUCGUUUGAGGCGAAUUUCCAGGACUUUGGCAAGCUGGCGGAUGUUGCCAGCGAGCUCAGUGCUAUGGAGUUUGUGAAUCUGGAUGGGGUUGAGUGGAGGCUUACGGAUGUGACCAAGGGGGCGCUGGCGAGUGAGGUCAGGGCUUUGGCGGCGAAGGAUGGGCUGGCUAGGGCUGAGGACUAUGCGAGGGCGCUUGGGUGGGAGAAGGUUAGGCCUGUUGAUCUUGAGGAACAGAGGGGGGUUGAUGAUGGUUCGUUUGGAGGGCGAGUUCACCGGAUGUGUAUGAUGGCUGGGGGGGACGGUGAUGGGGGAGAUCCAGGGCUUUCGUUCCAGCCUGAGGAGGUCAGACUAGAGACUGUGGUUACGGUGAAGUCUGUGGCGGAUAAGUAG